UGAAAUACAAGAUAAUUAUUAUUCAAAUUCUUAUUUACAAUUCAGAAUGUGUUAUCAGCACAUUCAUUAUGUAUUGAAACGGACUAAGCGCUAUUAUUCUUCUCUUAUAACGAUUAAAAGAUAGCGAGUUGAAGAAUUUUUGUUGCGAAACACGUUUUGUUGUUCUGAAAAACAUGUAUUUGAAUAGAUUGGUAAAAAAUUGGCAAAAUCUUCAUCUACAAAAUGGAUUUAGAUAUAAUCACACACAGACUAUCAAAGAUGUACAAAGGAGAAAAAUAGCUAAAGUACUCAUUGCAAACCGCGGAGAAAUAGCAUGUAGAGUCAUUAGAACUGCAAAAAAGCUUGGUAUAAGAACAGUCUCUGUCUAUUCUGAUGCUGACAAACAUGCAAUGCAUGUUGAAAUGGCAGAUGAAGCUUAUCAUAUUGGGCCUGCAGCUUCAGCACAGAGCUAUUUAAAUGGGGAAAAGAUAUUACAAGUUGCCAAAAAAUCUCAAAGUCAGGCAAUACAUCCAGGCUAUGGAUUUUUAUCAGAAAAUGUUGAGUUUUGUGAAAGGUGUGCAAAUGAGGGUGUAAUUUUUAUAGGACCACCUACGUCUGCUAUUAGGGAUAUGGGCAUAAAAAGUACUUCAAAGGCGAUCAUGUCAAACGCAGGAGUGCCUAUAGUGAAAGGCUAUCAUGGGGAAGACCAAAGUAUUGAAAAAUUGAAGGCAGAAGCACUAAGAAUAGGUUUUCCUAUAAUGAUUAAGGCUGUGAGAGGAGGUGGGGGUAAGGGUAUGAGAAUUGCUAUGACAGAGUCUGAGUUUCUGCCUCAACUUGAGUCGGCAAAAAGAGAAUCUCUCAAAUCAUUUGGUGACGACAACAUGCUGCUGGAACAAUACAUCACGGACCCAAGGCAUGUUGAAGUACAGGUAUUCGCUGACAUGUAUGGUAACGCCGUCCACUUGUUUGAACGUGAUUGCUCCGUGCAGCGACGUCAUCAGAAGAUUAUUGAAGAAGCGCCAGCGCCAGGCUUAUCAGAAGAGACACGCCGUGCGUUAGGAGAGGCUGCAGUAAGAGCAGCUAAGGCCGUCGGCUAUGUCGGCGCUGGAACGGUCGAGUUUAUACUGCACAGACAGACCCAUGAGUUCCAUUUCAUGGAAAUGAACACACGGUUGCAAGUUGAACAUCCUAUCACCGAAAUGAUUACAGGCACUGACUUAGUAGAAUGGCAGAUAAGGGCAGCCGCGGGUGAGCCUUUGUCAGUGACCCAAGAUGACAUAAUCCGACGCGGCCACGCUGUAGAGUGCAGGAUAUACGCCGAGGAGCCACGCGCUGGUUUCAUGCCACGGGCCGGGACUCUUCAUCGUCUCACUCAACCCCUACCAGAGCAGAAUGUUAGGGUCGAAACUGGCGUUCGGGAAGGUCAAGAUGUAUCCGUGCACUACGAUCCCAUGAUUGCAAAGCUUGUGGUAUGGGGCAGCGACCGCACUGAGGCGUUGGCUAAAACACGAAUGAAGCUAUCUGAAUAUCAAGUGGCUGGUUUAGAGACGAACAUAAACUUCCUGCUGCGUCUUAGCGGUGCGAGCGCGUUCGUAGCCGGCGACGUGCACACUGCGUUCAUCCCACAACACGAGGCGGAACUGUUCCCCGACAGCGACCUGCAUCUCACCGAGGAAAGAGCGAUUCAGGCCGCUCUUGGACAUCUCAUUAAAUCUAAGUUAGAAAGCUCACCGAACGACACUUGGAAAGGGAUAUCUGUUACACCGACCGCGUGGAGACCUAAUUAUCAGCUGCAGAAAACUGUACACCUGAAAUUUGGAGAUAAAGAUAUCAAAGUAUCAGUUAAAUACGAAGACAGUCCAAACAGUUACCUCGCGCAAGUAAACGAUGGUGCAUGGGUACAGACUGAAGCAUAUCUCAAACAGAGCGAGCUGGGUCUUAGACUUGUAACUAAGAUACACGACAAAACCAGCAACGUGGGACUGCUGUCGUAUGAUCGAGAAAUACACGUUUACGACGAGGAAGGACAAACAGUGGUAUGUCUCCCCGCUCCUAAAUACCAGUCGAUGACAGGGUCUGCCAAUGCGGCGUCUGCAGAUAGUGCCAGUUCACCUACACCUGGGGUGUUCGAGAAGAUACUUGUCAGUAAAGGGGAUAAGGUAGUGAAGGGUCAACCACUGUUCGUAGUGAUAGCAAUGAAGAUGGAAUACGUGGUCCGGUCUCCCCGCGACGGCACCGUUGCGGAGGUGACCAGCUUCAAGCAGGGAGACCCGGUGGGGAAGGGUGCAAAGGUCGUCCAACUGGAACCAAUCACCGAAUAACUUGAUUUAACAACUAGAUACUAGGAUUGACUAGCAAUAUUUAACAUAUCGUAGCAUAAUCAAUUUUAUGCAACAGUUGUAUAAAGGGUCAAAAAUACGAGUGGCGUGGCUUCUGCAAUAAAUGACGCCACGAGAGUUUUUUGACUUAGUUUUUCUACGACUAGGUAGUUUUAAAUAAAACCAAAAAUUAAACAAACAUAUAUCACGGGUUUUCAAGUUGCCGCUUAAAAAAGCGGGUAAUGUAUUAUAUACAUACUUAUCUCUAGUGAGUAAUUUCAUUUUCCUUUAAGGAAUAGCAAAGGUACACGUUGGUAAAAUUGAACGACCACAAUGACAACGUAAAUAUAUCAUUUAAUAUUACGUAGUGAAGUAAAAUAAAAGAUAACUUCUUCUAUAUCUCUCGCUCGCCACAUAUACUCUUUCUCUUUCGUUUCAUAGCCUUCUUACGCCGUCGUUAGUUAUAUGUGAAUUUGGCCUUAACUUUAAAUAAACAUCAAAUCUCGCCUUUCUACCCACAGUCUGCUUUGAAAGAUAGUGAAAUCUUUUAACCAUAGACUUAAUUCGUAUAGACGACCUAAGGUCCGAUAAUGUAACAAUGGAUUCUCUUUCCUUUUCUAUGUUCCUGUACCUAUUGUAAGUAUAUGGUUCUGUCACAUUGAAAUGAAAAUCAAAGUCAAAUAUUUUUACUCACAAACACUUAUGUAUCGUUAAAUAUUUUUUUAAUCUACCAGUGAUUCUUAAUUCUACUUAUGUUGAGAAGAACCUAUAUAUUUAUAACAUCAUUACAGAAAUGGUAUGAAGGUACCUACUGUUAUCAAAUAAUAACAUUUAAUUAAGCGGAGGUCAAAUAAUUAAAAACUAAAUGAAAAGUUUUUUUAUUUAAUAAUAAAUAAUAAAUUAAUGCUAAUCAUUAUUAUAGUGUGGAAAAUCAGUUAUUAAUGGUAACAUUAUUUGGUACCUGACAGUUUUAGGCCCGGUAUCCACCAAUGCGAAGAGGAGAGGAGAUGUAUUUUGAUAACCAAUCUGAUUUCGUUAUUUCUACAUCUCCCAUCCGCCUAGUUUGGUGGGAAUGGAUCAAGCGAAGAGGAGAGGAUAUGUAUCAUUUUUCUAUAAAAUUUUGUGCCGCGUCGAGUGCCCCUGCAGAGCGGACGUGUAGACGGGUGACAAGGCGGCGCCCUCGUUCUCGCCCCUUUCCCCGCUGACUUCGCCCCGCGCCUCGCAUACCUGAACGCGUUGUUAUAAGUAUAGCACACCUCCUCUCCGCUUUAGUGGAUACCGGGCCUUAUACUUAUGUACACAUUUACAUUGUAAUAUCCUUCCUGAGUAAAAUUCGCCUAAUAUCACUAUUACAUCUAUUUAAACUCAGUACCACAAUAUAUUCUGGAAGGUCGUUGAAAAACCUCACACAGUCAGUGAAAUCUUAAAAGAGCCACUUUGCCAGUUGUAAGGUGCUAUCAAAUUAAAACUCAAAAAUAUGUGUUCCAAUAUAAAUAUUUACUUUACAUUUUUCUAAUUGUAACCGAAUUACUGAACAUAAAUUAUACGUCUAGAUAGAACGUCUUGUUGCUAGACAAUCCAUAAAACAGGCCAAGUUUAUUAGUUUAGUAGUGUGUGUGACAAACUAUGUCUUACACUCGCGAUUUGUAUGACACUUUGUGUUAGUGUGCGUGUGUUGUUUAAAAUAGAGGUUAAAAGUUAACCUCAAUUUUAUUCGACGUUUUCACAGCUGUCACAGUCUAUCUAGACGUAUAAAUGAUCUACUUAAGUGAAUUUAAAUUGCUAGGAAGAGAGAAACUUUUAUAAUCUGUUUUUAUUUAUUGUGUUAGGUUUUAUGUUAAGUUAUACCAUUGUUUGCAUUUAUUUUGUAAUUCUGUUUUUUUUUGUUAAUUAUAUUUGUACAAUAUUUUACCGUGAUUAAAUGUCGCCGGUGCUAGACUAAGAGUCUAGUAUUAAUUUAGCUUUUAAUGAAAAAAUUCAAUAAUUUUUACAAGAAAUAUAUUUUUUAAUAAAGUUA